AGGAAAGGGAUUCCUGGGGAAGGGAAGGGUGAAGUUAGUGACUUGGGGGGGCUGGGAUUGAUACGAGGGAGUGAAAAGGGACCUGGGAGGGUAUUUGUACAUGGCAAGGGGCGAGGGGGAAGCAGGGAAUGAAUGAUGGUGAGGUGCACUGGCCUCCUCCUCAACACAACUACACUCGUCCUCCUCCUGUCCCUCAUCCCUGCGUGCUCCUGCCCUUCCCCUUCCUCUCCCCAACCCCGCCCCCUACCCAAGGUCGGAGUGUUCCGGGAUGUGAUCAUCGAGCAGGACUACGACCCGCUCAAGGCCGCCAGCGCCAACAUCCGCAUCCCAGCGGGUGAUAUCCGCGACCCCCUGAAACGCGACGUCCUAAAGGGCGAGUACGAGCGCCGCAUGAUGCUCAGCACCGGACGAUUGGAACACGUGCCAGGCGCCAACAACCCCCCCGGAUCCGGUUCAGUUACCGCCCGAAGCGGCGGGGGAGGUGGAGGCGGCAGUACGGCAAGGAGUACGGGACGCAGCCAUGACGGCGGUGUCGUAUUCGUGGGCGCCGGCGCCACUGCCGGUGUCGUCAGCAUGGGGGGCAGCACGGGCAUGGGUAUGGGCAUGGGCGGUGGGAUUAACACCGGCCACAGCGCCUCAGCCUUCGGCGCCAGCACCCACCGUUCCGGUGGCGCCGACGCGUAUAACGGCUACAAUUGUGGCAGUUAUGGAGGUGGUUACGGCGGUUUCGUGGACAAGGAGAAUCCAUGGGGCAAGGAGACGCUGGAUAUACGGCAAUGGGGCGGGUUGGCGGUUGGUGCGACGCCGUACGGGCACUGCAACGAUGGGAUGGGAGAGUACGUCGUACGGCCGCACGCGGAGGACAUUGAGGUACGUCCCAGGGGCUGGGAGAGUUUGUUAUUGGGUGGGCGUCUCAGAUCCCAUGUGCCGAUGGGAUGCACAGACAUUCCAUACAUCCUUUCCUCCAGUUCUCGCUCAGAUGCCAAUCCAUCCGGAUCCCUUUUCUCUACUUUUCUUCUCCUCACCUACGUUGGUCUAACUUCCCUCCCCUCCCUUCUCCUGCCGUACACCCUUAGCUCCGCAAGAGCAGCGUGCCCAUGGAUCACUACACCUACCCGCGCGGCAAUGAAGCAGCCGCAGCGGAGGUGGGCCCCGGCAAGCGCCGCGUGCCGGGUCCGGAGGAGCGGCGCGGCCGGACAGAUCUCUUCGAUGUCGUGCACCACACCUGCCAUCUCAAACCCCAAGAAUACACGGGUGGAGACCGGUGGCUGGAGGCGCGCGGCAAGGCGCAUGCACCGGGGCCGGAGCAACGACGGGGCCGGCGGGACCUGUCCGAUGUGCUGUUGUUGAAAGCACGCGCGGGAUCUGCGGAGGGAUCCGGAGGGGCGGGGGCUGUUGCCGGAAAGGGCGCGAGGGCUGGGGCCGCGGCAGUUGGAGAUAUGUGGUUGGAUGCGAAGGGCAAGGCGCAUGCAGAGGGUCCGGAGGUACGACGGGGACGUGCGGGUUUGUACGAUACGCUGCAUCAGACGAGUAAUCCGUACGAGGGGGGAAGCAAGGUGGGAGAUGCGUGGUUGGAGCACAAGGGCAAGAAGGUGCUGCCGCAGCUGCCGCCGGAGGCUGGAGCAGCGCUGGCGGGCAUUCCGGCGCCGGUGGUUGUACGGCGGUUACCGGAUGAGCGAGUGUACGGCACACAUCUGACGACGAUUCAGGGACAGUUGACGGUUAAGCAAUAGUAGCUGGUUAAUAGAAGGUUACUGUGGCGGGGAAUGGAGGUAGAGGGCAGCGUAGUAGGGGGGAGGAGGAGGCCUGGAGGGUUUUAGGUACAGGAGCCUGGAGGACACGGGCUGUGCGAUUGGUCCUGGUUGUGGCUUCGUUGUUAUUAUGGUGUGGUGGUAUAUAGUAUGCAUGGUCUGCGGGUUGUGUGUAUCUGGAGCGGGGAAACACGGUACCCAGCGAAUGCGUGCAUGGGGCUCACGGCGGGUGCUCACAGCUGUGGGGGGGGGCGGGUUGCAGGAAAUGCGUGUUGCUAUGCACUUGGCGGGGAAAGACGUAGUACUAUUAGAUGUGUUGGACAUGGGAGGAAACAGACUUUAGGCCGUCGGUUUGCAUGUGCGUGGUGAGGAACGAGAUGAGUCUCCACGGGGGGCUUGGGGAAAGAUGAAUGUACGGGGUAACGUGAGUGUCUGACAUGGACGUUGUGGCAGCUGGUUGUUAGCCGCUUGUUAGUUUGACCCUUAGUAAUUGGGAACCUGUGUUUAUGCAUGCAAAAUGUCAUCGACCUAGCAUCCAAGGCCUUCCGUGCAACGGGAGUUUCGUACAUUGAUAUCGGCUCCUUACUCUUUUUCUGCCGCUCUGCCUAAAGAGCUAAGCUGCAUGAUGGCCGAUGACAUGUUAACUGGGAAUGCUGGAGCCCAUUAAGACUUGUUCUUAUCUCAAUACUCGGUGGUAAAAACUCACGCCGAUUGACCAACCAGCGGCAGCGACAACGUACAUUUCACGUACGCACGCUCGGCUGCUGCAGAAGCAGUCCACAUGCAAACCCACAUGCACUGUAAAUCCUGUAAUGCCCGCCUGCCUACAAA